GACGACGGCUUCGAUUUCUACUUUUUUUUUUCUUCUUCUGGAAUCGAAUUAGAGCAAAGUGUUCACCAGCUAGCUGAGAAAAACCCUAAAUCUCUCCUUGGUCGUCUUCUCCGAUUCCGCAAGUAUGAGUCGAUCAGGUCAGCCUCCGGAUCUCAAGAAGUACAUGGACAAGAAACUCCAAAUUAAGCUUAAUGCCAACCGAAUGGUAGUUGGAACUCUCCGUGGGUUUGAUCAGUUCAUGAAUCUUGUUGUGGAUAACACUGUUGAAGUGAAUGGUGAUGACAAGACUGACAUUGGGAUGGUGGUGAUUAGAGGAAACAGCAUUGUCACUGUUGAGGCUCUUGAACCAGUCGGGAGGUCUUAGCUUUUAAUGCUUUACUUUGCACCACCUCCAGUAAUCAUCUUCUGUAAUAUGACUUUGACUAAGUUGCUCUCUGUACUGGCUGGCAUGUAUGGAUCUUGAAGAAGUUUAAUUUGAUGAAUUCAACUUCGUUGGCUCCUUCACUUA